CCGCCCGGAGGAGGCGGAGAAAUUUCCUUCCCUUCCCCGGAUCUCCGGCUUCCGGGAACCGGCUGGAAGGCCCUUAGUGCUGAGCAUCCCAGGCCCCAACAUUCCCUGGACAGCUGGACCCUCUCCCAGCGAGGCCCCUGGAAAUUCUCUUCCUCAUCCUUGGGAAGGAGCCUCUGGCUGAAUGGCAGCCGCGGAUGACUUACAGUUUGAAGAAUUUGGCGAUGGAGCCACUUUGCUAGCAACAAAUCCAGACGCUACCACAAUAAAUAUUGACGACCCCGAUGAGCCUUCCAAACCCCACCCCCGACCCCGAGGAAGCUCGGGAAGAGAAGAAGACGAGGAGCUGCUGGGGAACAACGACUCUGAUGAGACUGAGUUACUUGCUGGUCAGAAGAAAAGCUCUCCCUUCUGGACAUUUGAAUACUAUCAGACAUUCUUUGAUGUGGACACUUACCAGGUCUUUGACAGAAUCAAAGGGUCUCUGCUGCCGGUCCCUGGGAAGAACUUUGUGAGGUUGUAUGUCCGCAGCAACCCAGAUCUCUACGGCCCUUUUUGGAUAUGUGCCACCUUGGUCUUCGCCAUAGCGAUUAGUGGAAACCUUUCCAACUUCUUAAUCCACCUGGGAGAGAAGACAUACCAUUAUGUGCCCGAAUUCCAGAAAGUGUCCAUAGCGGCUACCAUCAUCUAUGCCUACGCCUGGCUCGUGCCUCUGGCUCUCUGGGGCUUCCUCAUAUGGAGAAACAGCAAAGUGAUGAAUAUCGUCUCCUAUUCGUUUCUGGAGAUCGUGUGCGUGUACGGCUACUCGCUCUUCAUUUAUAUUCCCACAGCGGUACUGUGGAUCAUUCCCCAGAGAGCUGUCCGUUGGGUCCUCGUCAUGAUUGCCUUGGGCAUCUCGGGGUCUGUAUUGGCAAUGACAUUCUGGCCAGCUGUUCGCGAGGAUAACCGGCGCGUCGCCCUGGCCACCAUUGUGACAAUCUUGUUGCUCCACGUGCUGCUGUCUGUGGGCUGCUUGGCUUACUUCUUUGAUGCCCCAGAGAUGGACCACCUCCCCACAACUACAGCCACUCCCAACCAGACAGUUGCAGCAGCCAAGUCCAGCUAACAGGGAACGCAAUUUUCAUCUUGUGGGUUCUGUCAUGUUUGGUGGUGUGUGGCUCUUCCGGACACAAUGUCCACUGUCAGAAGCCAGGAUGGACAGCGUCAGCAGGGAACUCUGGUUGCACUGAAGCCUUGGCACCUGUAAGAAUCAGUGUUGGCCUAAGGGUAACAGUCACAUGCUAGAGCUGUGUCUAGCGUGUGUGAGGCCCUGAAAGUCCAACCCUGGAAAUAAAAUGCAGUGGUGUUCGA